CACUUCUGGCUCUUCCUGGGCAUCUACCUGGCUGCCCUCCUGGGCAACGGCCUCAUCAUCACCACCAUAGCCUGGGACCACCACCUCCACACCCCCAUGUUCUUCUUCCUCCUCAACCUCGCUGUUCUUGACCUGGGCUCCAUCUCCACCACUGUCCCCAAAGCUAUGGCCAAUUCCCUGUGGGGCACCAGGGACAUCUCCUACACAGGAUGUGCUGCACAGCUAUUUUUGUUUGUUUUCUUGUUUUCAGAAGAGAUUUCAAUCCUCACCAUCAUGUCCUAUGACCGCUACGUGGCCAUCUGCAAGCCCCUGCACUACGGGACCCUCCUGGGCAGCAGAGCUUGUGUCCACAUGGCAGCAGCUGCCUGGGCCAGUGGGUUCCUCAAUGCUCUGCUGCACACGGCCAAUACAUUUUCCCUGCCCCUCUGCCAGGGCAAUGCCCUGGACCAGUUCUUCUGUGAAAUCCCCCAGAUCCUCAAGCUCUCCUGCUCACAAUCUUCCCACAGAGAAAUGUGGAUUCUUGUGGUUAGUGCCAGUUUAUCAUUUGGCUGUUGUGUUUUCAUUGUGGUAUCCUACGUGGAGAUCUUCAGGGCCGUGCUGAGGAUGCCCUCGCAGCAGGGGCGGCACAAAGCCUUUUCCGCCUGCCGCCCUCACCUGGCCGUGGUCUCCCUAUUUUUCAGCACUGGUCUGUUUGCUUACCUGAAGCCCCCUUCCAUCUCCUCCCCUUCACUGAACCUGGUGGUUUCAGUUCUGUACUCGGUUGUUCCCCCAGCAGUGAACCCUCUCAUCUACAGUCUGAGGAAUCAGGAGCUGAAGGAUGCUCUGAGGAAACAGGUAAUUAGAUUUGUUUCUAAACCAAUAAACAGUCCAUCAUCUUCUGCAGAGCAGUUCUAA